GGUGCAUGGAGUUUGCUGUGACCCCGUAGUGCACCGAGGUGGCAAGGGAAACGGAAGCAGCGAAGCGGAACACACCUGCAGCAACAUGGCUUACUACCAAGACGAUAGCGCGUUUGAAGCAGAUGGUGACCUAUCUGACGCGAUAUCCAAGCUAUGGGAAUUGGAUGAUAACAAGUGUUACCCAGGGCAACAGUAUGAGGUCGACCUGCAGGGAUAUGUUACAAGUAGUCGCCGUGUGAACAAGGACUUUGCCCGGGACAAGCUGAUCUCAUGGUUUGAUGAAGAAGAAAUUUUCUCAAGACCAACAUACAAAGCCUUCAAGGACCUGCUGGACAACUAUGAGCUGGAGCGUGGGGAGGUGGAGGUUGUGACGUGGGAGGAGCGCAAGGAGAACUGGGAGUUCCUGAGUCUCAUCGUGGAGACUCCGGUCAUGCAGGAGGCCCAGAGGAUCCUUGUGGAGAGGGGCAAGGCUCCAGAAGAUACCGAAGACUUCAAGAAGCUCCUCCAUGACAUCUGGUUCAAGAUGUACCACAGGAGGGGGGGAAGAGGUCCUGACUCCUGCAGCUUUGAGCAUGUGUUUGUUGGGGAAGGCCGAGGUGACGAGUUCAUCGGCCUGCACAACUGGUUACAGUUCUAUCUUCAAGAGAAGGCUGGCAACAUCAACUACCACGGUUUCUUCAGGAGGGAGACGCUGACGGAUGACGAAAUCCCACGCCUUAUAGCGCUCCAGUUCUCCUGGAAGGGGAUCAAGAGUAAGCCGAUGUGCAGUUGUUUCCUGGGCACCAGUCCAGAGUUUGAGAUCGCGGUGUACACCAUGUGUCUGCUCCUGGACAAGGACGGCAAGACGGAUUGCCAGAUGGGCGAGUACGAGGUCGAGAUCGUUGUCCACUCUCACGGCUUCAAGAAGAAGCUUGGAACUGCAUACAUCGCUGCCGCACGCUUGUACUAGCAUGACUAAAGUCGGGUACAGUGACAAUAUGUUGCCUAACAAAUGAGAUGCUGUAUUCUUCAGAUUACACAAUCAUAGCAGCAGAUAUGUCAGUUCCUACAAUCAAAUUUUCUUAUAGCCGAGACCUCAUUUAGUCAUUAUUUCAUUUUGACAAAGACAAUAGUUUUGUUAUCAGAAUAAAGCUUAUAAUUGUAACAUUAUCAUUUGAAUUAUUAAUUAUACCUUUUUCUGUCAAACUGUUAAUGGAAAGUAAAGAUUUUAAGAUUGAAGUUAUUUUGGCAACAUCUGUAAAAUUUUCGUUUAGUGGAGAUCUCAAUGUACUAUUAUAGUUAGAUAGAGAAUGGCUUAUGUUAUCUGAAUAUAUCACUUAAAAUUGAUAUUUGCGUUGAAAUAUUAAUACGUAGUUGCAUUUUGAAAUGAUAUCUCCAACAUUUGUCAAGGAGGAUUUGUCAAUAUUUUAUGUAAUAUUGAAACUUUUGAAGUAGUUUAAUGGUUGUGUGUUAUCUCCCUUCACUUAACAUAAAUGUCUAAGCCUCAGGAAUUCUGCCAUAAUAAUACUCAUGGAAUGGUCCCCAUGUUUGAAUCUGUCCAUAUUUCUACAUGAUCAUAAUGUCCAAUCUCACUCAAAUCUGAGGACAUCCUAUUACAGGUCUUGUCAGAACAACCUUUCAACUGACCAAUCAGAGUGUUGCUUACGAGAUCACAAAAGUGGAAGACCGAAUGUAUUUUCCACCUCGGAAACUUGAACAAGAGGCAUUCCAAAUGACAGUUACAGGCUGUAUGAAUGAUUUCAAAUGCCACACAUUGUCUAUAUAUCACUUCAAUGAGAUAAACAUUUUAAAAGAAAGAGACUAUGACUAGUCAAGUACUGCCAUAAAACUUGGCCAUCUAUUAGACAUUCCAGAAUUUUCUUUUGUUCAGUUUUCAAAUUUUAAAUCAACAACUUUGUCAAAACAUGACAUGGAAUGGAAAUGCCAUUUUGAACUAGUGCCGUAAAGCUCGAGAAAGCUGCUUUCUGAUUGGCUAAUGUCAACAUCCUGGUCAGUCAAAGUUUGCGAAAGGUAUUUCUGAUCUGACCUGUAAUGAUAACCUCAGAUCUUUGGUGCAACGAACACCAAGAUUUGAUUUUAAUGAGAUUGUCAUAAUGUCAGAAUGUCACACACAACGUUUAGUGGAGAAGUUUGAAUAUUUGUUUGUUUAUUUUCUAGUCGUAUACUAAACAAACAGGGUAAUAUAUCAAGUACCCAGUAAUUCUAUUGUAUUUCAUAUCUAUGGUAUUAACAUAUUGUAUGGGCUAUUAUAUCAGACAUGUUUUUAUAUAUGUCUUGUAAACAUGAAUCUCGGGCAUCUACAUCGGACUCCAUAUGGAAGCCGGUUUAAACCAUUGAUGGCUUCUGCCUGUUGUUUGAUAUAUCUUGUACUUCUAAGCCAGUGUUUCCUGAACAGUUUUGUGUUGUAGUUUGACUGUAUUUAUAGAUGACCUGCUUUAUGCUUGCCUUUGUUUGAGUUGCUUAGUAAAUAGCGUAAGCUUGCCCCACUGGUGGUCCAGGUUUGAAUCCUGUGGUUGGCCAAAAUGUCUGUUUCUGCUCUGUAUGGGCAUACAGCUUCAAACUCAUACAAACUUUAUUGUUUCCAGUUGUUAUUCGAUUUCUAACAUUUUUGGUGGGAUGGACUUCAAAGGCAAGGGAAUGAAAUAAUUGUAGGCAAACAUAAUUUAAUAACCUACAGCUCAUGAGCAUGUAGCAUUCAUAUAACUGUUGACUCUUGGUUGAAGCAUAAUCAGCACUGCUUGAAGCACUCAUAAAAUCUUCAACAUCAGCGAGUAUCUCCAUACAGUAAGCAGAUAGCCCUUGUGUCUCUCAUUUGUUGACGGUUGUGUUUAAGAUAGAAAACUUACAAUUCAAUAUUAUACCCACAAAUAGCACCAGUCACUUGCUAAAAAUCAAGUCACAGUUGAUUUGUUUGUGAAGAUCUGAUGGCUUUUUGUCUGUUUUUCACCAUUACAUUUUUAUUAUGCUAAUUGAUUAACAUUUGUCAGUGAAAAUGGUGGUAAUGUUUAUAGAAAAAUCGGUCCAGUCUCAAAUGUUUUGUAUACAUUUUCUAUUGUUUAAUGUGCAAUACCAUGUUGAUUACAUUUUAUAUAACAUGUAUGUUCAGUUAAUACAGGACUAAGAACACUGAUAUUUCCAGCAAAUUCAGAAGAAUAAAUAUAACCAGUAACUUACAUAUAAGUUCAAAUAAAAUUGAUGUUUUUUUGCUAUUUAUACAAACUAAGAUAUAAUUUUGCUAAAAUGUUAAGAGUGGUUGGAUGCAGCCAUUAAAUCAGCUGUUUCAGUGGUGAUUAUUGUGAUUUGAAACCUCUGACUGACAUAUCUGAGUAUUUCCUAAAGCUUCGCUAGAAUUCUGACUGUGUUGCUUGCUACUGAUCGAUAGUUAACAGUGCUCAGCCAUUCUACAAGUUUUGCCAGAUGCUUUAUCAGAUCCUCAUACUUAUUUUACAUGCAUUUUAAUCCAAAUGCAUGUUAAUGCAAGAUAUUGUUUUUAUUGAUCACUUGGUCUGGUCAGAUUUACCCCCUAAUUGAAGGGGAAUCAUAAAUUAAAAAAAUUGUCUUUUCUAUCUUGAGUGUUACUUCCCCACUCAUAUUGAACUGCUUUGAAUUUAAAAAAAAACUAAAAUAAGAUUACAGACAGAGCUCGAAGAAAAGAAAGAAAAUUGUACAAAAUCCACAUUUGUAAACCAAGUAAAAAAUAAAACAUCUAAGAUUGGCAAGAAAAUGUUUUACCAUACUUCAACGUUUCAUCCAUAUCUAUAUAAAUAGUCACAAGGGCCUGGCUAACUUCAUACUUGGAGUGAGGGGCGGUCGGGUAGCCUAGUGGUUAAAGCGUUCGCUCGUCACGCCGAAGACCAGGGUUUGAUUCCCGACAUGGGUACAAUGUGUGAAGCCCAUUUCUGGUGUCCCCCGCCGUGAUAUUGCUGGAAUAUUGCUAAAAGCGGCGUAAAACCAUACUCACUCACUCACUCAUACUUGGAGUGACUGACCAGUAGAGGUCACAUGGUACUAUAGCGCCAUGGUUGAAUCUAGUCUCCAGAAGUUGAAUUGUGUUUGGUUGAGAAUUCAGUUGUUUAGUAUGUUACAUGAUCUGAAGAACACAAACAGGUGACUUAGAAUUAGGGGACUCAAGAAUUAUGCAAGCUUUUGUGCCAUAUAUUUAUUAUUAGACGUAGAUUCAGCAAUUACUUUUUUAGCGUGCCAUCACAGUAACCUAUAGGUAUUAUUUACAACUACAGGUGAGAUAUCACUGUAAGGUAUUGGUCAUUUAGUAUUGUACUUAUCACAGUAUGGUUUGAUUUAUGGCUUGUUAUGUUUGAUGCUUUAUUAUCUGUUCUUUUUUUGUUUUGCAAAACCACAUUAGAAUAAUUAAUGGCAGCUUUUAAAUUUUGUAGAUAGGAUGUUUUGAAAUAGUUCUCAGGUCUAGACAGGCACUUUUCACUGUUUUGUUUGUGCAUUGCCAUUAAUCUGUCGGAGUUAUCUCCCCUGGUCUUUCAGUCUGAAAUGAUGGAUCAUAGUGCACGCUUUAUGCUGAUUGGCUAAAAUAUUGCUCAGGCAGCAGAAAAGUCAUGUUGACUCCAUGUUUUCUCAGAUAUUGCUUUGUAGUAGUGUCAUACUAGAAGAGGUUUUGGUUCAGGGCUUACUUGUACACAGCAAUUGGACAUGACGGUUGUGGCACCUAUACUGUAACAUAGAUUUACAAUAGAUGGGCAAAGAUCACUUCGUGCAUUUUGGUCAUGGUCACAAUUCACAUUGAUUUAGUUUUUUGCAAGAUAGAUGCACACUAUUUGAAGUCAUACCCUCUCAUUACAAUUAAGUGAAGCAAAACUACCCGGUAGUACAGUCUUUUACCAGUAUCAAAUCUAAUCUUAGAUAUAUCAUUGCUCAGUGGUGAAUGACCAGCGAUUUACUAUUCUGGAGGUCUGGAAUAUUUAUUUCGAACGCAUCCAGAAUGUCCAGUGAACAAUUGGUAUAUUUGCCUGAUGCAAAUUAUGAUUCUCCAAUUUUUUCUGGAUAAAACUGCUUAAUUUUUGUUAAAAAAUGGUUGUUAAAGAUAUACAGAAGGUGCUGACAUAGAGCAGUGCUCUGAGGGCCUGCAAUGUUGACUGCAAUAAUGCCAUAUUUGCCAUCAAUGCCUUUAUACUUUACAUGAUAUGACUGUUCAUGACAGGGUUCACCUUUACAAUUCAGAUGAAUAUGUUAGAUUCUAGGCACUAUAAUUCUUUACUACUUUAUGUAUUUCUGUGAUUAUUCUUGCAAGAAAUAAAAUCCUACACCUAGUUA